GUUAGAUUAGAAGAAUCGGCCAUUUUCUGUGUUAGUCUGACGUGUUGCUGGGUGUUGGCGUUUUCAACGAUAAGUUGUUUCGUUGGUGUACCUGCGAUAGCCGCAGCAAUACACUUACACUAUCAGAGCUUGUCCAAUGUGGAUUGUGGAUUUGAAACCGCGCUCUCAAGAGUCUCAAGGCACAUGCACAUGGCAUUGCCGAGUAAAAGUAGGGAACUGCUGCGGUGCUCGUGAGAGUAGUGAGUCGUCGUGAAGUCGAGUCGAGUAGUGCACGCACGCGCGUUUGGCCGACAAACUGUCGAGUAAAAGAGCGAACGAGAGAGAAAGAGAGGAAAAGGAGUGUGCGUUCUCGCAUAAAGUGAGUGAGUAAAAAAGGAAAACGCUGCACACGCAUACACAUCGACGACAUCGAGUGGUGAGAGCGAGCAUUGGUGUAGCGAGCCAGCGAGAGCGAAAGAGAGAGAAACAGAGAAAAAGGUGGCCGCUGCUCUCUUCGCACCGGUCUCAGUCAAACAGCAGUGUUAUAACAGCAGUCAGCCAGUGAGCAGCAGCAAUAUAAUUGCCUAGAGAGCGCUACCGUAGCAGCACGCAGAGUGCGGGAGAAAGAGAUAGCGAGAGAGCUUGCGCGUUUUCGCUCUCUCCGGACGGAAGGAAGGAGCUGCUGCUAGGUAAGCCAUAAGUUCUGAGGGUGCUGCUGGUGACGGGAUUACGGUGUGUUGCAACGCCGCUGACCGCCACCGCCGCCGCCGCCGCCGCCGCUGGCGCUAUUGCUUAUUGGUGCGCGUGUUUAACUCGAGAUCGCUGUGUAUUUUGUUGUUCCUUCGUUCCGUCCGUCCUCUGCGGCUGAAUCAUCGAGAGCAGGUGUGCAGUAGUUAGAGAUCAACGACGAGAUCAUGAGCAUGAGCGAGGAGAGCAAUCCGCGUACGCUGUACGUGGGCAAUCUCGACGGUACUGUGUCGGAGGACCUGCUAUGCGCCCUCUUCUCGCAGAUUGGCCAAGUCAAAGGCUGCAAGAUCAUCCGUGAGGCCGGUAACGACCCUUACGCAUUCGUUGAGUUCACCAAUCACCAGUGCGCGGCGACCGCGCUCGCCGCCAUGAACAAGCGCCUCUUCCUUAACAAGGAGAUGAAGGUUAACUGGGCCACGAGUCCCGGCAAUCAGCCCAAGCUCGACACCAGCAAUCAUCAUCAUAUAUUCGUCGGCGAUCUGUCGCCUGAGAUCGAGACGCAGACACUGCGUGAGGCCUUCACCCCUUUCGGUGAGAUAAGCAACUGCAGGAUCGUUCGGGACCCGCAAACACUCAAGAGCAAGGGCUACGCGUUUGUCUCGUUCGUGAAGAAGAGUGAUGCCGAAGCCGCGAUCACUGCAAUGAACGGUCAGUGGCUCGGUUCGCGAAGCAUUAGGACCAACUGGUCCACCAGGAAGCCACCACCGCCACGCACCGAGAGGACCAAACACGGCGCCAACAAGCCUAACUACGAGGAGGUUUACAAACAGAGCAGCCCUACCAAUUGUACUGUUUACUGUGGUGGAUUCACAAAUGGAAUUUCAGAAGAUUUGAUAACGAAAACUUUCUCACCUUUUGGCACCAUACAAGAUAUUAGAGUAUUUAAAGAUAAGGGUUAUGCUUUCAUUAAAUUUACUACAAAGGAAGCUGCUACACAUGCUAUUGAGAGAACACAUAAUACAGAAGUGAAUGGUAGCAUUGUUAAAUGUUUCUGGGGAAAAGAAAAUGGUGAUCCAAACAGUAUUGGCCCUAAUGCAAAUCAGCAAACACCACAGGUAACAGGAGCAGGUACGGGUCAGUAUGCCUAUGGAUAUGGGCAGCAAAUGAGUUACUGGUAUCCGCCAAACUAUCCACAAGCAAUGCAAGGCCAAUUUCUUCAACCAGCUCAAUACUAUGGACAAUACUAUGGGCAACAACAGGCUCAAUACAUGAAUAGCAUGAGAAUGUCUACACCAGCCGCUGGAACGUGGCAGCCAGGACAAGCUGCUACGGCACCGCCAACAUCUGCCACACCAUUGCCUCCAGGGCAACAACCAAUGGUAACUUAUACCAUGCCACCACAGUAUCCCACGCAAUGAGAGGGUACGAGCAAUUUUUAAAAAAACAAAUCAGAAAAAAAAUAACAAAAAAAAGUAUGACAGCUGAAAGUUCUGUAUGCAAUAGUUGACUAUGGGAUUUCUCGAAAACAGAUUAAACACGCUCGUACCGGCCGUUCUUGAUUGUACUGACGGUUUUUGAUUUACGCAAUUGUUGUGCACCUUUACACGAUCACACAUACACAGUCACAUGUAUGGUAUGCAUAUAAUUAUAUUUAUACAUUGUUCGUUCGACAGUACAAAGAGAAAUGCUGUUCAGGUUUGAUAAAAGAAAAGUGCUCUGAACUAUUUUUUAAUGAUCUAGAGUACGAUUUACACGAUUUUUCUAGAAAGCCGCAUGAGAGUUGAUAGCCUUUUCUGUUUCGGUAAUACGUAGUUGUUAAGUAGUAGAAAUUAGAUAGGACUAUCGCGUUGUUUGCAAAGAAAAAAAGAAUGAAAGUUGAAAAAGCGUCGGUACAAGUUAUCAUCUGUUUUCGAGAUACCCCAUACAGAGCCCUGCAUUCGUUGUGCGGUGUACACUAUAUUGUAUGUACGCGUAUGAUAUGACCAUUGCGAUUGUUGUACUUUUUAAUAUUCUUCCCUUUUCUUUUUUCCCCUUUCCUCUUUACUUUCCUUGUUCCCUCAUGUCUUUUUCAAAUGUCAAUUUUUUUUCUUUGUUGUUUUACGGUCGAAUGAACGCAGUGACUUUUUGGAGUAUUUGAACACUCAUAAUCGACAACGGCGAUUAUGGUAGACGAGAAUGCGUAGGUAUAAGGUAGAGGAAACGAUAGCUAUAUACACCGCCUGUGAUGUAGCUAGAAUUUUUCAAAACACGCUGUCAAACGCGUAUGCAGGGCCCUUGUCAUGUGCAAAAACUAACAUGACAACGUUUUUGCUUUAGAACUUACCUUUGCUUUGCGAAUCAUUAUCGCCAGUGGCUGAUUGAUUGAUUCAAUCAAUAAUUUUUUAUAAAAAUACUACAAAUUACAAAAAAAAAGUAAAAGUCACGGUACAGCGACAAGUUUGAAUGUUCUAUUUUGAAGUAAUAAUUUGUUGCAGCUUCGCUAGUCAGAUUUAGUAGUCAAUUUUUACGGACUAAAAGACGAACGAAGCUUGGUCACUAAUUAAUAUUUAAUUUUUUACAGAUCAUUAUAUUUCAGUAUGUUACCAUUCCGUUAAAUUUGAAAAUUUAGAAUUUUACUUAGAAAUUAUAACUUCGAUCGAACGUCUUCCGCAAAACAUGUAAAGCAUUGUACAGUCUUAUGUAAUAUUCAGUAGAGCCAUUCUAUGAUUUGAUGCCAAGUACUUACCAUUUUUAAUAUCUAAAUUCUAUUGUACAGUAUUGUUUUUACUGUUCAAACAUAAAAAAAAGAAAAAAAAUAAUCGUGAUUUUUUAAAGAGGCCACUGGUGAUAAAAUAUCCACUCUGUCGAUUUCUUAUAAGACAAAGCAAGUGUAAAAAAGAUAGUAAGUUUAAAAAUUCAAAUUUGUAUAAUUUGAUUGAUUGUAAUGCAAGGCAAGGAUGGCGAGUGAGAAAAAGUUAUAUGAGAUAAUUGAUUGAAAUAAUAAAAAAAUAAAAACACUGAGCAAAUACGAAUCAGUAAAGUGACGGAAAUGAAGAAUGUUAUAUAAAAAUUAAUUUAGAUACGGUAGGGCGUAAAGCCCUCCUCGACAAUGCUUAGGAUAAUGUUAUCUUAUAAUAAAAACAAAUUGUCCUUUGAAUGAGAUGAAGGAAUAAAUAUUUAAAAUA